CCAACUGUAGUUCCUGGUGGUGAUUUGGCUAAAGUACAACGUGCCCUCUGCAUGAUCAGCAAUUCCACCGCAGUGGCCGAGGCCUGGGCCCGAUUGGAUCACAAGUUUGAUCUGAUGUACGCAAAGCGUUGCUUCGUACAUUGGUAUGUCGGUGAGGGUAUGGAAGAGGGUGAAUUCUCAGAGGCCCGUGAGGACUUGGCAGCCCUUGAGAAGGACUAUGAGGAGGUUGCUGCUGAUAGUGUGGAGGGCGAGGGUGAAGGAGAAGAAGAAGAAUUCUAA